CCCAGCCUCCAACCCCGGCGGCGCGCCGGGCAGCACUUCGGUGGCGGCGGCGGCGGCGGCAGUGGCCGCUGCAGCCCCACACUCCGCCGCCAAACUGGAGGAGCGACGGAAGCCGGACCCCAGGAGGAUGGAGGAUGAAGCUGUCCUGGACAGAGGGGCUUCCUUCCUCAAGCAUGUGUGUGAUGAAGAAGAAGUAGAAGGCCACCACACCAUCUACAUUGGGGUUCAUGUGCCGAAGAGCUACAGGAGAAGGCGACGUCACAAGAGAAAGACAGGGCACAAAGAAAAGAAGGAAAAGGAGAGAAUCUCUGAGAACUACUCUGACAAGUCAGAUGUGGAAAACGCUGAUGAGUCCAGCAGCAGCAUCCUCAAACCCCUCAUCUCUCCUGCUGCGGAACGCAUCCGAUUCAUCUUGGGCGAGGAGGAUGACAGCCCAGCACCCCCUCAGCUCUUCACCGAACUGGAUGAACUGCUGGCUGUGGAUGGGCAGGAGAUGGAGUGGAAGGAGACAGCGAGGUGGAUUAAGUUUGAAGAAAAAGUGGAACAGGGUGGGGAGAGGUGGAGCAAGCCCCAUGUGGCCACAUUGUCCCUCCACAGCUUAUUUGAGCUGAGGACGUGUAUGGAGAAAGGAUCCAUCAUGCUCGACAGGGAGGCUUCUUCUCUGCCACAGUUGGUGGAGAUGAUUGUUGACCAUCAGAUUGAGACAGGCCUAUUGAAACCUGACCUUAAGGAUAAGGUGACAUAUACUUUGCUCCGGAAGCAUCGGCAUCAGACCAAGAAAUCCAACCUUCGAUCUCUGGCUGAUAUUGGGAAGACAGUCUCCAGCGCAAGUAGGAUGUUUACCAACCCUGAUAAUGGUAGCCCAGCCAUGACCCAUAGGAAUCUCACUUCCUCCAGUCUGAAUGACAUUUCUGAUAAACCAGAGAAGGACCAGCUGAAGAAUAAGUUCAUGAAAAAACUGCCACGUGAUGCAGAAGCUUCCAAUGUGCUUGUUGGGGAGGUUGACUUCUUGGAUACUCCUUUCAUUGCCUUUGUUCGGCUACAGCAGGCUGUCAUGCUGGGUGCCCUGACUGAGGUCCCUGUACCCACAAGGUUCUUGUUCAUUCUCUUAGGUCCUAAGGGGAAAGCCAAGUCCUACCAUGAGAUUGGCAGAGCCAUUGCUACCUUGAUGUCUGACGAGGUGUUCCAUGACAUUGCUUAUAAAGCAAAAGACAGGCAGGACCUGAUUGCUGGCAUUGAUGAGUUCCUAGAUGAAGUCAUUGUCCUUCCUCCUGGAGAGUGGGAUCCAGCGAUCAGGAUAGAGCCUCCUAAGAGUCUUCCAUCAUCUGACAAAAGAAAGAAUAUGUACUCAGGUGGAGAGAAUGUCCAGAUGAAUGGGGACACGCCCCAUGAUGGAGGCCAUGGAGGAGGAGGACAUGCUGAUUGUGAAGAAUUGAAGCGAACUGGACGGUUCUGUGGUGGACUAAUUAAGGACAUAAAGAGGAAAGCACCAUUUUUUGCCAGUGAUUUUUAUGAUGCUUUAAAUAUUCAGGCUCUUUCAGCAAUUCUCUUCAUUUAUCUGGCAACUGUAACUAAUGCUAUCACUUUUGGAGGACUGCUUGGGGAUGCCACUGACAACAUGCAGGGCGUGUUGGAGAGUUUCCUGGGCACAGCUGUCUCUGGAGCCAUCUUUUGCCUCUUUGCUGGUCAACCACUCACUAUUUUGAGCAGCACUGGACCUGUGCUAGUUUUUGAGAGGCUUCUGUUUAAUUUCAGCAAGGACCAUAACUUUGACUAUUUGGAAUUUCGCCUUUGGAUUGGCCUGUGGUCAGCCUUCCUGUGUCUCAUUUUGGUAGCCACCGAUGCCAGCUUCUUGGUUCAGUACUUCACUCGCUUCACUGAGGAGGGCUUCUCCUCUCUGAUUAGCUUCAUCUUUAUUUAUGAUGCUUUCAAGAAGAUGAUCAAGCUAGCUGAUUACUACCCCAUCAACUCCGACUUCAAAGUGGGCUACAAUACUCACUUUUCCUGUGCCUGUGUGCCACCUGACCCAGUUAAUAUCUCCUUAUCUAAUGAUACCACAUUGGCUCCCGAGGAUUUGCCAACUAUUUCUUCUACUGACAAGUACCAUAAUGCUACCUUUGACUGGGCGUUUCUGUCGACGAAGCAGUGUUUGAAAUCUGGAGGCAAGCUCAUGGGGAACAACUGUAAAUUUGUUCCUGAUAUCACACUCAUGUCUUUCAUCCUCUUCUUGGGCACCUACACCUCUUCUAUGGCUCUGAAAAAAUUCAAAACUAGUCGUUAUUUCCCAACCACAGCAAGGAAACUGAUCAGUGACUUUGCCAUUAUCUUGUCCAUUCUCAUCUUCUGUGUAAUAGAUGCCCUGGUGGGUGUGGAUACUCCAAAACUAAUUGUGCCAAGUGAAUUCAAGCCAACAAGUCCAAACCGGGGUUGGUUUGUCCCACCCUUUGGAGGAAACCCCUGGUGGGUGUACCUCGCAGCUGCCAUCCCAGCUUUGUUGGUCACCAUUCUGAUUUUCAUGGACCAGCAAAUCACAGCUGUGAUUGUAAACAGGAAGGAACAUAAACUCAAAAAAGGAGCUGGGUAUCACCUAGAUCUCUUUUGGGUGGCCAUCCUCAUGGUGGUGUGCUCCUUCAUGGCUCUCCCAUGGUAUGUGGCUGCUACUGUCAUCUCUAUUGCUCACAUCGACAGUUUGAAGAUGGAGACAGAGACUUCUGCACCUGGAGAACAACCAAAGUUUCUAGGAGUAAGGGAACAAAGAGUCACGGGAACCCUUGUGUUUAUUCUGACUGGUCUGUCAGUCUUUAUGGCUCCCAUCUUGAAGUUUAUUCCCAUGCCUGUCCUAUAUGGCGUGUUCCUGUAUAUGGGGGUAGCAUCCCUGAAUGGCGUGCAGUUCAUGGAUCGCCUGAAGCUGCUUCUGAUGCCCCUCAAGCAUCAGCCCGACUUUAUCUACCUGCGCCAUGUCCCCCUGCGCAGAGUCCACCUGUUCACUUUCCUGCAGGUCUUGUGUCUGGCCCUGCUCUGGAUCCUCAAGUCAACUGUGGCUGCUAUCAUUUUUCCAGUCAUGAUCUUGGCUCUUGUAGCUGUCAGAAAAGGCAUGGACUACCUCUUCUCCCAGCAUGACCUCAGCUUCCUCGAUGAUGUCAUUCCAGAAAAGGACAAGAAAAAGAAGGAGGAUGAGAAGAAAAAGAAGAAGAAGAAAGGAAGUCUGGACAGUGACAAUGACGAUUCUGACUGCCCAUACUCAGAAAAAGUUCCAAGUAUUAAAAUUCCAAUGGACAUCAUGGAACAGCAACCUUUCCUAAGUGAUAGCAAACCUUCCGACAGAGAAAGAUCACCAACAUUCCUUGAACGCCACACAUCGUGCUGAUAAAAUUCCUUUCCUUCAGUCACUCGGUAUGCCAAGUCCUCCUAGAACUCCAGUAAAAGUUGUGCCUCAAAUUAGAAUAGAACUUGAGCCUGAAGACAAUGAUUAUUUCUGGAGGAGCAAGGGAACAGAAACUACAUUGUAACCUGUUUGUCUCUCUUCAAACUGACAGUUUUUGUUGUUAAUGUUCUUGUUUUUUGUCUGGUUGUGUAUUUUUUAAUUUUUGUUUUGUUUUAGUUUUUGGUCACUGGCCAAAUAAUACAGCGCUCUCUCGGCUUCUUCUCUCUUGCAUAGGUAAAAUCAAGACAAUAGUGCACCGUUCCUUAAAAAGAACAUCUGAAGAAUCCCCUUUGUGUUCUUAUACUUUCAGAUGUGUCCUCUGACAACCAAAUUCCUCUGUCACUCAAGACAUGCACAGACUCUGUCCUUUUCCUUUAUUAAGCAGAGGGCAAAAGUAUUCAGGAUUUUAUAACACCUUUUAUUAAAAUAUUGAAGGAACUUACAACUUUAGCUUUGGAGCUGUGCUUACUGGCUUGUCCUUCUGUCUGGUAGAACAAACCUUGACUCCAGACAGAGUCCCUUCUUGCUUCUAGAGCUCUCCAGGACUGGAAAAAGUGCUGCUAUUCUAAUUUGCUCUUGCUUGUAAACCCUAAUCUUAGAGUUAUCAAAAGAAGAAAAACUAAAGGUACUUUACUCCCUGUAGUAAACUAUCGCCAUCAUUGUAGCAAGUGCUGGAAUGUCCCUUUUUCCUAUGCAACUUUUUUUAACCCUUUAAUGAAUUUAUCUGUUGAGUACAUUGAAGAAUAUUUUUCUUCCUAGAUUUUGUUGUUUAAAUUAUGGGGCCUAACCUGCAACUUAUUUUUUGUCAAUUUUUUAAACUUUUUUUUAAUUACUGUAAAGAAAAUGAAUUUUUUCCUGCAGCAGGAAACAUAGUUUUGAGUAGUUCUACCUCUUAUUUGUAGCUGCCAGGCUUUCUGUAAAAAUUGUAUUGUAUAUAAUGUGAUUUUUACACACACAUAUACACACACACACAUACACACACACAAAUUCACAAUCUCUAGGGUAAGCCAGAGGGCUAGAUCAGAUUAAAAACACCAUGUUUCUAAGCAUCCAUUUUUCCCUUUCUUUAAAAGAAAUUUAACUGUUCUAUGAAGGAGACUGGGGGAGAAGGAAGAAGCUCCUAUAUAAUGGGAUUAACUGACAUUUUGAUAAUAGUGAUAUCCGGGCACAGAUGCUGAUUGUAUUACCAUGUCAAUGUCCUAUGCAGUAUUGUUAGGCAUUUUUUUCAUUUUGAAAUAUUUGUGUGUUUGUGUAUGUACUCUGUGUGUGGCUGGUGCACAUGUGUGCAAAGUUAGAAAGAGACAGAGUGACAGCAGGCAAAGGACAAAGUUAUCCAGCCUCUUGUGUCAGUUUUCAUAAAAUCCAAACCACAUAUGAAAAAUCCAACAGAGGUCCAAGAGACUCACCAUUUUACAAAUGAGGGUAAAUAUAUUUUAUUACCCAGAUAUCAGUCACCAUCAUUGAUACAAUAGCCUAUAUUUACAAUACCAAAUCCAUAGGAAUAUUAAUAGAUCACUUGCACAUCUAUAAAGUGUUUAUGGAAAUGCAGAUAAAUCUGCAGAGCUAUAUAUGUAUACAUCUUAGCAAUACUCACACAUUUUUCUUAGGGAUGGAAAGACAAUUAUUCCUUGUGAUUGGGACAUUUAGAAUAUAUAUGUGUGUAUAUAUAUGUGUAUGUGUAUUUCAAAGUACCAUAUUGAAAAUUAGAAAAAAGAAAGUUAGAUCUUUGUUUACCAAAUUUAGCAUGUUAUUUAAGUGUAAUGUUUUAAUAGGUUGCAUUAUGUAUUGUGAAUCUGCCUUAAAAUGACAUUUUAACAUGUUGAAUCCGUAAUUUUGGAUUCGUAUAACCAUAUUUGCAAUAUAUCCUAGCUAAAACAGGUUGUUGAAAGAGUACUAGAAGCAGAAUGAAACCACUUAUUUUGGUUUCAUGAUAUGCACAUAUUCACUCUCACUCAUUCUUAUAUUAAUUAAAUUAUAAUUCUGUUCUCUUGGAAUUUUGAUUAUAAAAAGUUUAUCUUGAAUUAGCUGUUACUUUUAUAGUAUCUGAUAAUCUUAAAACUUUUGAUUUUAUACAAAUUAGACGUAAAUGAUCUGCAAUUUUUUCAUUAAAAUGCAAGUGGCAAAUUACAUGUUAUUUGUUAAAACCUCACGUGCCAAAUUUUAGCAUCAUGUUUGUAUUUAGAGCUUUCCUUAAAAUGAUUACUCUAUAUUAUCUAGCUUUUCAUUACCCUAAUAUAGAAAUAUAUAAGAAGCAUUUCCUUUUUCUUAACUGAUGGAAGCAUCGAUAAAAUGUUUAAAAGUCAUGCAUAGUAAGUUCAACCGAACUUAUGAUCUUGUUAAAUUAAAGACACUUUUGUUCACUUUUAUGAAAGCUCUAGAUAUAAUAAUUUAUUUUUCUGAUCAUGAAUCAAGUAUUUGAGGAUUCAUGCCCCUCUCUGUCCGUUUCAAAGAACUCUUGAAGCAACUUAACCCAGUAUUUCAGCCUUUGAGCAGAUCUAAAAGCUAUCUACACCUGCAUUUAUGAAACCUGUUCUGUGACAGAGGUCGAAAUUCAUGAUGUCAAUGCAGAUAUUACCUUACUAAAAGGAACAGUUAAUAUCAAACACUUUCAAUAUUUUGGAAUCCAGGGAAGUUUAAAAAAAAUCAUUACUUUCAAAGGCACAGAAGUAGCUACCAAACAAACAGAACCUGAGGUCCAUACGGAGGCACCAAAUUAUCUUUCUUUUUUCUUUUUUUUGGUGAGGAAGAUUGGCCCUGAGCUAAUGCCUGUGCCAAUCUUCCUCUAUUUUUUGUAUGGGGAAUGCCACCACAGCAUGGCUUGGUGAGUGGUGUGUAGGUCCGUGCCCAGGACCCAAACCCAUGAACCCUGGGCUGCUGAAGUGGAGUGAACGAACUUAACCACUAUGCCACUGGCCCAGCCCCCAAAUUAUCUGUAUUUUAAUUGAAUUUACUCAUUGUCUAAGAACUAAUUUGAUUUUUACGUGGUUUUGUUUCUAUGUAAACUGGACACAUAGAAUACAAUGGUACAUUUUUUUACAGAGUGUUUCUCCCUGAUGUGAAUAUGGAGUUAAGAUUCAAGUUGCUGGAAGUACAGGACUAAGUGUCCACUCAGAGAUGUUACCUAGACGUCCUGUUGUUGUACAAAAUUACUAUUGGAAGAGAUCACUAGCCAAGAGUCUGCUUCGUCAAAGGGGCAUAAAGGCCUUUGGUUUUACCUUUGAGAGAAAAUCUCUUGGAGAUGCUAUUUUCCUUGAUAAAAGUCACUCUUCUCUAUUAUGUGAAACAAUGACUUGGACUCCUAUGUAUUUUGUGUGCUGUCGGCAGCAGCGUUCCUGCUUCUUCUUCCAGUCAAGCAGUGGAAUGAGGGUAGGGGGAUGGAGGCUCAAAGAAGAAAACAAAACCCUCUCUAAUCAGCUCUCCACCUCAAAGGAUGGAGGGGAGGAGUAAUUGCCAGCAACAUUCAGUUUGUGUAUACUUUAUGCACAUGCACCAACACACACAGAGUAAAUCUUUUAUCAGCUAUGUAUUGGUGUUUAAUACAGAGAAUGAUUGUCUUCCAAGUUUUUGGUUCUUUUUUUUUUUUUAACUGUGUUAAAGUACUUGAAAUGUAUUGACUGCUGACUAUCUUUAAAAAGCAAAACAAAACCAUUUGAGUUGUAUUACUGAGGUUGACAUUGUUCAGGGAUGGGACAAAGCUUUCUUCAAUCCUUUUCAUACCACUUAAUGAUUUUGGUGCAGGAACUUGAGAUUUUCUUAUUUAUUCCAUGAUAUUUCACAUUUGCUCUUCACAGCGUGAGCAUGAAGCCCGGUAGCACCAAGUGGCUGAGUAUAAUCAAAUGAUAUUUUAUAGCACUUGACUAUCUGAAGGGCCUUGGGAGUUUUCAGAUGAUGAUUUCAUUGAGCUUCAUUGCAGCCUGAAAUAAAAAUGUUUUGUGGUAUAUGCUAACCAGUCAAGUUGUGUUUUGACCAGAAAUUUGGAUAUGUCCUAGUUCUUGGCUGAUUUCUUUGUGCUCUAUGGGUACAUAAAAAAAUGCUGAAUUCUUGUUUUCUAGGCAAAUAUUGCAACUCAGGGCUAAAGUCAUCCAGUGAGACUUUUAGAGCCAGAAGUAACUUUGUCCCAGUCCUACAAUGUGAAAAGAGUGAAUAGUUGCCUCUUUUUAGCCAUUUUCAUGGCUGGUACAUAUCCGUACACAUUACUUUUCAGAAUCAAUACGCACUUUCAGAUAAUCUUAUUUUUAUUCUCUUAAGUCUUUAUUAACUUUGGAGAAAUGAUGCAUCUUUUUAUUUUAAAUGAAGUAGAUCAACAUGGUGGAACAAAAUGAUAAAGAACAGAAAACAUUUCAAUAUAUUACUAAUAAUUUUUUUCCAAUAUAAAACCUAAAAUUCCUAUAACAUUAUAGUAUUUUACAGUUUUAUGAAGCUUUCUAUUGUGACUUUUAUGGAAUUAAGAGAUGAAGAAGAUGAGAUAUUUUAGCAUUUAUAUUUUUCAAAAUUAAAUGUAUACUUAAAAUAAAGUAACUU